CCUGCCGACGUCCUUGCACCGAGAGUCACGUGACACACCCGAGCGAAGUUGAAGAAAACUUUUGACAAGCUUGGAGGCCAAUCGAACGUGUAGUAACAUCCACCAGAGAGGACUCACAACUUUAGUUUUGUUUGCUUUUUUUCCCCUCUCGCGGUGAAACAAUGGAGUCUGUUGCUCAGAAAGUGCUCACUUCUGGAUUUACUUUCGAUUUGGGUCCUCUUAAAGAGCCGUUGGCAUUUAUUCGUUUGCUGGAAUGGGUGUUCACAAUAUUUGCUUUUGCCACAACCGGAGGCUACAGCGGCACAACCAGUGUUAAUGUCCAGUGUCCUGGGCGCCAGAAUCAAGAAAUACAAGCGGAUUUCAACUAUCCAUUUAGGUUGAUGGCGCAUCCGUAUAAUGUCCCGACAUGUGGGGUCAAUCAAACUACCCCUACCGUUUACUACCUGACCGGAGACCACUCGUCAUCUGCACAGUUUUACGUCUGCAUCGGCGUGUUGGCGUUUCUCUAUAGUACAGCCUGCCUGGUUGUCUACUUGGGCUUCCAGCAGAUGUAUAGAGAGACCAGCCGUGGCCCAGUUGUGGACCUGCUGGUUACUGCAGCCUUUGCGUUCAUGUGGCUGGCAUCUGCCUGUGCCUGGGCCAAAGGUUUGUCCGACGUGAAGUGGGCAACCAGUCCUGCAACCAUUUUGACUUUUCUCACUGUGUGCAAGAACAACGGCAUCAAGUGCGCCCCUGGUGCAAUGCCUCACAUGGGUCGACUAAACGCCUCUGUGAUCUUUGGUUUUCUUAACUUCAUCUUGUGGGGCGGCAACUGCUGGUUCAUAUACAAGGAAACUCCCUUCCACAAAUCACCCAACCAGCCUGCAGAUGCAGAGGCUGGAGGCAGACCGUCGUAACUACCCAGCUUCCUCAUGCUAUAACAGUCGAACCAGUGUGUUUGUUGUUAUGUAGAUUGAGAAACCGCUGCAGAUAACAUCAUGCUGUUUGGGUUUAAAACUGACUGUUAAAUGUGAGUCAUUGCAUUGACAAUAGAUAGGUCUUACAUUUACACCAAAACUAGAAAUGACAGCAGUCAGAUAUUUACUCCUUUUCAAUAAAAGGUUAGUUUGUGUCCUAAAAACUAAUAUUCAAACCCUAUCAGCAAACUUAAUCGUGGCCUUUAUUCAUAUGGUUUUGUACCUGGACUGUUUAGUUUUGUUGGGGCAAAAUACCAACCAUACUGCACUUAUAGUGCUACAAAACAAAUUCUUUAUCUGUGCUACAAAAGUCAAGAAGUGUGUGUAGGUUUUCUAAAUACUUGUCUUGAAUGUGACAUUUCAAUAACUAUAACAUUAAUUACUUAGAAGGAAAACAAUUAUGGAAAAGUGGUUGCCAACAUAAGAUUAUUUAUAAAGUGCAAAUGCAAUUUUAUUUUCUACUGUUUUUCUUUUUCUUUACGUUACUUGACUAAUCAAAUAAGUGCUGUUUAUUUCAUAUCUACCAUUUUGACAAAAACAGCAGAUUUAUGUUUACAGGAGGUUAUAUUUUUUCCAAACUGCAAAUUGAAUAUUUCAUUUGUUUGACUCAUCUUGCAGGUGUUUUUUUCUGUUUCCAUAUUAAUAUGAGUUAUUUCAUACAGCAAAGUCUCAGCUACAAAAUAUUUGUACAUCAUUUCUAAUCAAUCGCAGUCUUUCGUUUUUGGAAAAAUGUGUUUUGUUACUAAUUGACUGCAUAUUUUGACACCUUGCUUUGUGCUGGCUUCUACCUAUAUUCUGUUCCAAGACAAUGCUGUGUUCAUUGUAAACAUUUCCUAAAUUAAUAAAUAAAGCCUUGCUCAUCUUA